AUGAAUAGGCCAAGCCCAGAUCUAACACUGGUGACGACCGCUUUUAUUGAAUUGUUACGGAAUUUCCCGAAUACAGCUGAUCAGUAUUGUGCUGAGGCUCUUUCCCGGAUCAAUUGUAUAGAAGGGAUCAUGACGUCCAUGAAGAAUCAACCAACACUGAUGCAUGAAUCUGCGCAUGCGCUGAAGUGCCUCAUGCGAAAGAAUACUGGCGAUCUGGCGGCUCAGAUGCUUUCGACGAAGAUGGUCGACUAUCUCCUUGAAGUGCUUAAAGGUGACCUGCCAGGUAUGUAG